AUGGAUAUCGACGUUGAGUACUUCGUCUUCGACGACCCUGGCGCUUAUGGCCUGAAAAUUACGGCGAAACGGUACACAAGUAGAUCGAGGGCGAAUAAUAAGGGCUUGACGUUGCUAUUCGCUCAUUGCAUAGGUUCUCAUAAGGAGCAGUGGGAGCCUGUCAUUCAACGCCUCUUCCAAGUCCAAGAGACCGAAGCUGAGGUGCAUCGGAUUCGGGAGGCGUGGUCAUUCGACUGGCAGAGCCACGGAGAUGCUGCAGUCCUGAAUCACAACCUGUUGAAGGAUCGUACAAAGUGUGUUUGUGAGUUAUUCAGCUCUUCGUACACACAGCCGGGAUGGGGCUCCGUUUACGAAUGGACACCUGCGUUGGCAGCCUUCAUCCGCUCACCUCGAAUGCAGGGACACCGGAUCGUACCUUUAGGGCAUUCUGCUGGCGCAGCUGCGAUGUUGCUAACGACCAAGGAAAUCCCCCCAUCUACAUUCGCCGCCAUGGUUCUUAUCGAACCUACUAUCGUCACUCGGGAAGUAUUCAACUCUGAACUGGAAGACCGCAUGUCCGCCAUGGAUUUUUCCGUCGCAGCCACAUCUUCCCGCCGGGACGUCUGGCCUUCCCGGGACGAGGCAUUCUAG